AUACAAUACACCAGUUACUGCGCUUCAAGCCCAUGUAAUAAUAAUGGAACAUGUAUAAGUAGUAACAAUGGAUAUAAUUGUACGUGUGCGGCGCAAUGGACAGGAAUCAAUUGUUCGCAAGUAAUACAAGAUUAUUGUAGUAUGAACCCAUGCGAUAAUAACGGAACUUGUAUGAAUAAUAAUAAUAUGGGGUAUAAUUGUAUAUGUAUGGCUCAAUGGACAGGAGUUAAUUGUUCCAAUGCAAUACAAUACACCAGUUACUGCGCUUCAAGCCCAUGUAAUAAUAAUGGAACAUGUAUAAGUAGUAACAAUGGAUAUAAUUGUACGUGUGCGGCGCAAUGGACAGGAAUUAAUUGUUCGCAAGUUAUAGACUAUUGUAAUUCUGACCCAUGCAAUAAUGGAACCUGUUUGAAUAAUGAUAGCGGAUAUACUUGUUCAUGUAUAUCAGGUUGGACUGGUCGUAACUGUACAGAAGCAUUACAAAACAUCAACUAUUGCGAUUCAAAUCCAUGUUACAAUAAUGGCACCUGCAUAACCAGCAAUAGCGGAUAUAAUUGCACCUGUACAUCGCAAUGGACAGGGAUUAACUGUUCACAAGAAAUUAUCAAUUACUGUAGCCCUAACCCGUGCAAUAAUGGAACCUGUUUGAAUGAUAACAGUGGAUACAGCUGUGCCUGCACGUCAGGCUGGACUGGCCAAAAUUGUACAGAGGGUAAUAAUGACUACAAAAUUAUGAGUUUUUGCGAACAUAAUCCAUGUAAGAAUGGAACAUGCAUCAACAACGAUAAUGGCUAUAGUUGCAAUUGUCCAUCAGGUUGGACAGGCAUUAAUUGCUCACAAGAGAUCAUAAAUUUUUGUACUAAUAAGCCCUGUGGUAAUGGAUUAUGCGUUAAUAAUCCAAAUGGAUAUACUUGCAACUGUGCUGCUGGAUGGACCGGCAUGAAUUGUACAGUUGAGCUUCAUGAUUAUUGUAAUCCGAAUCCUUGUCGAAACGGAGGACAAUGUAUGGACAAGAAAUAUGGAUAUAAUUGCAGUUGUUCGUCAGACUGGAUGGGCGUCAAUUGCACGCAAUAUGUUGAUGCAUGUGCUGAUGAGCCUUGUUUCGGCAAUACAACUUGUGUAGACAAUCCUGCGCCUGAAUCUGGCUAUACGUGCAGUUAUCAAUUAAAUAGUGACGGCCAGACUUGCCAAGAUAUAGAUGAAUGCGUUCGUUUUAGACCUUGCGAUCAAUUAUGCUUUAAUUCGAUUGGCUCUUAUUAUUGCAGUUGCAAGACAGGAUUUACCGGAGAUGGCUCCACAUGUACGGAUAUUAAUGAAUGUACAUUAGCUGUUGAUAACUGCUCAUUGAAUGGUACAUGUAUUAAUAAUAUCGGAUCAUAUACCUGCACAUGCAAGACUGGAUUUGCAGGCAAUGGCACAACAUGCUCCGAUAUAGAUGAAUGUUCUUUGGGCACUGCUAACUGUGCUAGUAAUGCUAUAUGUAGAAAUAAUCUUGGAUCAUACACUUGCACCUGCUUAUCGGGGUACUCCGGAAAUGGAGUUGUAUGCCAAGAUAUUAACGAAUGUUUAACGAAUCCAUGCAACAAUAAUGCUAUUUGUACUAAUUCCGAUGGAUCUUAUGGGUGCCAAUGCAAGAAAGGCUAUACAGGGAAUGGAUUGACUUGUGACGAUAUUAACGAAUGUUCAACGAAUCCAUGCAAUAAUAAUGCUAUUUGUACUAAUUCCGAUGGAUCUUAUGUGUGCCAAUGCAAGAAAGGCUAUACAGGGAAUGGAUUGACUUGUGACGAUAUUAACGAAUGCUCAACAAAUGAUGCUUGCAAUAUUAAUGCUAACUGCACUAAUUCGAUUGGAUCUUAUUCAUGUCAAUGUAAGCAAGGUUUUACUGGUAAUGGAUUAACAUGCACUGAUAUAGAUGAAUGUCUAACAGAAACAAAAAUAUGUUCAGAUUGGGCAACUUGUUCCAAUGCUAUCGGUUCAUACAGAUGUUUUUGUAAUUCUGGAUAUACUGGCAAUGGUACCUAUUGUCAAGAUAUUAACGAAUGUAGCUCAUCUAAUUUAAAUGCUUGCGUCACUAAUGCCCUUUGUGAAAAUACUAACGGUUCUUAUAAAUGCAAUUGCAAAAAUGGAUUCUCUGGUGACGAUCAAUUAACGAAUGUACUGACCAGCCAUCAAAUUACAAUUAAUGGGGUGAACGUGCAAAAUGUUGCAGUUCAAGAUUUCAAUGAAUGUGCUAAUAUAUCCGACAAUUCAUGUUCUAAUGAACAAAUUUGCGUUAAUUUGCCUGGUACAUAUGCUUGUAAAUGCAACUCAGGCUAUACUGGACCAAGUUGUAACGAUAUAAAUGAGUGUACGACGGGAACACCUUGUGGAAGUAACGCAACAUGUAUAAAUACUGAUGGAUCUUAUAAUUGCACGUGUCGACUGGGCUAUCAAGGCAAUCCGUAUUCCGUUAGCGGUUGUAGUCCAAUUUGUUCUAGUAAUUAUUGCUCUAACGAUGGAACGUGCUAUUAUGAAAAUAAUCAACUUAAAUGUCGUUGUACGGGUGGAUAUAGUGGUGACAGAUGU